UCAUAUUUUUCUAACUUAACCGCACUUGCAUUCACAGAGAUAUAUGGGUUUCUUUUCUUUAUUCUUAUCUCUUUGCAAUUCACAAGGAUCUCGAGAUGUAAAAUUGGCACAUUUGCAUUGCUUAAACAAGAACCAUCCACUUUUUCAUUAUCGGUUCCCUGCACUAUCGGAUCAUUACACUAUGCCUACAAAAAAGAAGCGAGCUUUUACAAAGAAAAACUCUACAAAAUAUAUGGUUUUACAUGGCCAUGAAUCAGCAUUAAAUGCUGAUGGAAAAACGCUUGAACAUGAGUGGGUUGAAAUCAAAGGAAAUUACAAACCAGGAGCUUCUCUGAUAAUGGGCAAACUUGCUGAGUUGAUGGGUGAAUCUGAUUCGCCUGUACCACAUGCAUCAUCAAGCACACGUCCAAACAUGGCUGCUCAACCAUCUAGAGAGCCAGAUUUAGAAGCAAUACUUAACCAGUUUGAGGAUGCAUCAGGUUCAGAAGAUGAAGAUGUUUUCAGUAACAUGAAAAAAGAGUUGAAAAAAAUUCAGCUUCCUGGUGGUGAAAA